AUGCCAGAACGGCUCAAAGAUGUGAGUGGUGCACUUCUCGCUGGCUGCUCCCAUCGCUUAGCAAACGAAGAUGCGCAAGUAAGGGCUGCCGCUGUCAGCGCACUCGCAGCUGCCAGCAAUCCACGCCGAACAGACGAGGACGAAUCAGGUGAGCACGAAGCAUGCGCUGUUGCAGUCGCUGCUGCAGUAAAGAGCCUGAAGGAUGCCUCCGUGGACGUCCGACGUGUGGCUUUGCGCACGCUGGCGCAUGUGGCACCUUGCGGGGACGCGGCCACGGCGUGCAUGGAGCAGGCGUCUGCUUUGCUGACAGACCCCGCGUGGCCGGUCCGUUGGGCCUCCGUGGAUGCAGUGGCGUGGCUGGCACAGGGUGGAAGCCACGCGACGGUGCAAAGAGCGCUGGAGCUGCUGUCAAGGCGCUUGCAAGAUGCCGAUUGGCCAGUGCGACGCGCUGCUGCUAGCGGUCUUCGCAACUUGUUCCAGUUCGUCACAGCCUUGUCUGAAGAGCUUCAGCAAGAUCAGCAGGAUGGCCUGGUGGGAAUGGAAGAGUUGCAACUCCCAAGGCCCAAAGCCCUGCAAAAUUGUGUGGAGCAGACGGUCUUGCAGCCCUGCCUCAGACUACUGCAGGAUCCAGUGGUUCAAGUCCGGCAGGCUGCUUUGGAUCUUCUGCCCUGGCUUUGCCAGAGCACUAGUAAAGAUGUGAUCCGGGCGCUGCAUCGUCUCCUUCAAAAGGAGCAAGUUACUGAACUUCGGUGUGCAGCGGAGAAGCUGUUGGACAGGCUGACACUUACCGAGCUGCCUCCAGCACACUGA